AUGGCUGAGCAGCUGCAGUUACACGAAGGUCAGGAGGUCUCGUGGAAAUGGGGGUCGGGAAACCCUUCGGGCAGAAUAGCAGAAAUUGUUACCGAAGGCCACGCCGAGGUUACUUCAAAUAAGGUUCACUUCCUCCUCUUUCCUCCAGUAUACGCGGUAUUAACAAGUAUGAAACGGUACAAGGGCAAUACAGUGAAAAGGAAUGCAAAAGAAGGCGAUCCGGCAGUGAAGAUCACGCGAAAAGGGAACGACGUCGUCAAGCUGGCCCACGAACUCAACGAGGUCAAGAAUAUGGACCGACAAUAG